CAAUGUUUCAGCCCAGAGACCUAAUGCUUACAGCAUUCAAACCAGUUCCUGAGACAUUCCUUCAUGCUUGAGGAUGAUCUGCUUCAACAGGGGAUUGCUAUGAAGAAAAUACGCAGAGAAAAAAUGAGUUUCAGGCUUCAUUACUGAUCCACAUCUCUAAAAGAAAGCCUCACUUCUCCCGGCUCCUUCGCGACAUGUCUGUCAAAUUUCUUUUCGUUAUAUUCGGUGGGAUUGUUCUAACUUUGGUGGAUAAUGCAAGAACAUUACCAAGAGUUAAAAGACAAAGCUUAAAAGUGCGGAUUACUGCUAAGGAUGACAGUAUUAUAAUAAAGUACCUUAGCUCCAACCCAGCCAUCAGACUUCAAGGCUACAUUCUUGGAUACGGUGGUCGACAAUCCAAGCAGAACAUCACAUUGCCUGACAAUGGAGAUCCAUUUGAGGUUGAUGUUGAGUUCAAUCCCAGAUAUCUCAUAGCAGUUCAUCCUGUGGCUGAGCAGAGCAAAACAGCCUUGAAGAAGAAGUGCAAAGGUAACCUGAAUCAUCAAAAGCCUCCACAGAUAACAAUAUCUACUCGAACUGCUACAUCUGUGUUUCUCACGUGGACAAAUGGUAUCAAAGGAAAUGUUUAUAAACAUGGUGGCCAUGAUUGUGGAGAUGAGAGGCACUACACAGUUCGGUACAGAGAAAAAGAAAGAGACAAGAAAUGGCUAUAUCAGUGCUGUCCAACAAGUGCAACAACAAUAGACAACCUUAAACCAAAUACUGUUUAUGAAUUUGGGGUACGAGUUAGCAAAGCAAAAGAAGAGGGUACUUGGAGUGAACCCACCAACUACAUUACUGCUGUGACUUCUUCACCAACGAGCACCGAAAAUGGCCAAACUCAAAAGAUAUCAAAGAAACUUGCCAUUAACUUCGGCAAUGAAAAUGGCAAGAACUCAAGGAUAGCUGAGCUACCAGGGGAGACUAAUAUUAUAGGAAUAAAAGACAAAAAGGGCCCAGUUGCAUCCUAUCCAGCACAAAAUGGAACAAAUUGGAUAAGAUUCCCCAAAAAGCCGACUGUUAGUACGCAAGUGGUUUUAGGUGGCCAGUCAGCUUCUGACAGUGCACGUGACCAUUCUACUAGCAGCUCAUCACCAAAACCUAACAUUCCUCAUAAACCAGAACGCGCUCCUGAUCAGUUGCAUGGCAAGGAAGGAAGAAAUAAAUUAAAAAGUAAAGAGACUUCAAACACUGUUACUAAACCAUCAUUGAAAAGUGGCAAGAUGAGGAAUGCAAAAGAAAAAUCAAAAGUGAAACCAUUAACAACAAAAGAAUCCAAGUUGCCAUCAUCAGUCAGUCCAUCCUUCCCAUCAAAACCUGUGCCUAAAUCUGAUCCAGCAGAAAUUCAGAUACCAGUUUUCCUCACUCCAAGCCCCCCUUCUCACCUUGAUACCACGGAUAAGCAGCAACCCACAGAACCUGUGACAACACCACCUUCUACCACUUUGCCAUUCACUAUAUUAAGUACAACUUCUGGUCAUACUGCUGUGGACAAGCAGAAUCUCCCAGGCACAACAUCUGUUUUAGAUCCCAUGGAAACCCAGAAGUUCUCAGAACCUGAGAUACCAUCUUCCAGCCGUGGAUCUUUCCAUCCAACAUCAGAUCCUGAUGCCAUGAAUAAUCAGGAAUUCAAAGAACCUGAGUUUCCUUCUGCUACUAGUUCAUUUUCGUCCAGUUCAAAUUUGGCUUCCAAACUUGAUGUCACAGACGCGGAACAGUUCACAGAAAUGUUUUCAGAUGUGUUAAAAGGUGUAUUUUUUCCGGGAAUGAAAACAGAACAUGAGGAGCCAUUCACCAAAGACUCAUUUUCACAUACUGCUUCUGAAACUGAUAAGAUGAAUAACCAACAAUUCCCAGAAUAUGGGAUAUUAACCUCCAUCAUCUCAAAUAUUAUCACUUUACGUACGACCUCUGAAUCUGAUGCCAUGGACAACCAAGAAUUCACAGAACCUGAGAUUCACCCCACUGUCGAUUCAUCAGCUACCACAUCAAAAAAAAGUGAUGAAUUUGAUUCUACACAAAGGAAGCAGAUUUCAGUUCCAGAAUCUGAGGCACCAUUCUCCAGCAUCACACCUGUCAACAAUUUAAAAACAUCUAAACAUGAUGCCAUGGACACACAACAAUCCAAAGCAGAUUAUGAAGUGCCAAACUCUGACAUUUCUAAAGUGUUCAGUUUCCUCCCAGACUAUGAACUGCCAGUCACUGCCUCUUCACAUGUGUUCAAUCCAAUUCCAGAUUCUGAAGCUGCUAAGAUAGGACAGAAAGAAGUUACAGACCCUGUGGUGCCAACCUUUGACACCCCUAAUGCGUUCAGUUCAAACUCAGACUAUGGGUUGCUAUUAACUGAUUCUCCACAUGUAUUCAAUUCCUCCCCUGAUUCUGAUCCUGCUAAACCAAAAGAGAAAGAAAUCACAGACCAUAAUGUGCCAACUCCUGCCACUCCUAAUGUCUUCAGUUUAACCUCAGAAUAUAAACUACUGACCACUGACACCCCUAAUGUAUUCAAAUCAAUCCCAGAAUCUGAACCUGCAGAGAUAGCGGAGAAAGAAAUAAAAGCAGACCAUGAGGUACCCACUUCUGACACUCGUAAUGUAUUCACUUUAACCUCAGAUCAUGAGCUGCCGAUCACUGGCUCUCCAUAUAUGUUCAAUUCAGUCUCAGAAUCUGCCCCUGCUAAGAUAGGAGAGGAUGAAUUUACAGAAGGCCACAAGAACCCAACUCCAUUCAGUCCAAUCUCGCACAAUGAGUUGCUGGUCACUGACUCUCCAUAUCUCAUCAGUCCAAUCCCAGAACCUGAACCUACUAUGAUAGGGAAGGAUGAAUUUACAGCAGACCAUGAGGUGCCAACCUCUGACACUCGUAAUGUGUUCAGUUCAAUCUCAGAGUUUGAGCUACCAGUCAUUGAUUCUCCAUAUAUCGUCAGUCCAGUCCCAGAACCUGAGCCAACUAAGAUAGGGAAAGAUGAACUUAAAGACCAUGUGCCAGCUCCUGACACCUCUAGUGUCUUCAGUUUAAUCUCAGAAUCUAAACCGCUGGUCACUGACAUCCCUAAUGUAUUCAAAACAACCCUAGAUUCUGAACCUGCAAGAACAGCAUGGAAAGAAGUAACAGCAGACCAUGAGGUGCCAACCUCUGACAUUCGUUCUGGGUUCAGUUCAGUCUCAACCUAUGAGCUACCAGUCACUGACUCUCUUUAUGUGCUCCAUCCAGUCCCAGGAUCUGAACCUGCAAAGAUAGGAAAGGAUCAAUUUACAGACCAUCAUGUGCCAACUCGUGAUCCUCCUAGUGUCUUCAGUUUAAUCUCAAAAUAUUACCUAAAGGUCACUGACACCCCGAAGGUUUUCAAACCAAUCCCAGAGUCUGAAACUACAGAGAUAGCAGAGAAAGAUGUAACAGCAGCCCAUGAGGUGCAAACCUCUGACAUUCGCAAUGUGGUUAGUUCAGUCUCAGACAAUGAGCUGCUGGUCACUGAUUCUCCCUAUGCGUUCCAUUCAGUUCCAGGAUCUGACCCUGCAAAGAUAAGGAAGAAUGAAUUUACAGCAGACCAUGAGAUGUCCACCUCUAACACUCACAAUGUGCUCAGUUCAAAAUCAGACUAUGAGCUGCCAGUCACUGAGUUACCCCAUGCGCUCCAUCCAGUGGCAGGAUCUGACCCUGCUAAAAUAGGGAAGAAAGAAUUUACAGACCAUCAUGUGCCAACUCAUUCUCCUAGUGUCUUCAGUUUAAUCUCAGGAUAUAAACCGCUGGUCACUGACACUCCUUAUGUAUUCACACCAGUCAUAGACUCUAAACCUACAGAGAUAGUGGAGAAAGAAGUGACAGGCCAUCAUGUGCCAACUCAUUCUCCUAGUGUCUUCAGUUUAAUCUCAGGAUAUAAACCGCUGGUCACUGACACUCCUUAUGUAUUCACACCAGUCAUAGACUCUAAACCUACAGAGAUAGCGGAGAAAGAAGUGACAGCCGACCAUGAGGUACCAGUCUCUGACACUGACAAUGUGGUCAGUUCAGUCUCAACCAAUGAGUUACCAGUCACUGACUCUCCCUAUGUGCUCCAUGCAGACCCAGGAUCUGAACCUGCUAAGAUAGGGAAGGAUGAAUUUACAGCAGAUCAUGAGGUGACAACCUCUGACACCCACAAUCAAUUCAAUUUCAUCUCAGACAAUGAGAUGCUGAUCACUAACUCUCCUAAUGUUUUGAGUCUAAUCCCAGAUUCUGAAUCUGCUAACAUCGAAGAGGAAGAAAUUACAGCAGACCAUGAAGUGCCAACUCCCUACGCUCCUAAUGUGUUCAGGUUAAUCUCACAAUCUGAACUUCCAGUCACUGACAUCCCUAAUGUAUUCAAACCAAUGUUAGAACCUGAACCUGCAGAGAUAGCAGACAAAGAAGGUACAGCAGACAGUGAGGUGCAAACACCUGACACUCGUAAUGUGUUAAAUUUACUCCAAGACUAUGAGCUGCCGGUCAGUGACCCUCCAUAUCUGUUCAGUUCAAUCCCAGAAUUUGAACCUUCCAAAAUAGUAAAGAAUGAAGUUACAGACUAUAUGAUGCCAGUCACUGAUGCCCCUAAUAUUGUCAGUGCAGACCCAGAAUCUAAAUCUGCUAACAUAAGAAAGAAAGAAGUUACAGGUCAUGAGGUGCUGACCUCUGACACUCCAAGUAUGUUCAAUUCAGUCACAGAUUAUGAGCUAUCAAUCACCGACUCUCCGUCCAUGUUGAAACCAAUCCCAGAACCUGAAACUACUAAGAUAGGAAAGGAUAAAAUUACAGAUCAUGAAGUGCCAACCUCAAACACGCGUAACGUGUUCAGUUCAAUCCCAGAUUCUGAACGUGCUAAGAUAGGAAAAAAAGAAGUUACAGCAGACCAUGAGGUGCCAACCUCUUACACUCGUUAUGGGUUCAGUUCAACCUCAGACAAUGAACCGCUGGUCACUGACACCCCUAAUGUAUUCAAUCCAAUCCCAGAACCUAAACCUGCUAAAAUAGGAACGAAUGAAGACUAUGGGUUCUCAACAUCUGACACUGCAAUUAUGCCAAGUCCAAGCCCUAUAUAUGAGACAGGAGAAAAAGAAUUAACAGGCCUUAAGCUGCCAACCUCUGAAAUUUCGCAUGAGUUCAUUCCAACUUCUGUAUCUGAACUUGACCUUGACAAGAAAUUCACAGACAAUAAGCUGGCACAUCCUGAUUCUUCUCACAUAUUCAUUCCAACCCUUGGUAACAUUGAAGACACAGAAUUUACAGUGCGUAAGUUGCCAAAAUCUGAUACUCCCCGCAAGUUUAGCUCCACUCCAGUAUCUGAGCUCGAUAAUAAAGAAGAUGAGGAGUUCACAGAGCAUAAACUACCAACCUCUGGCACUCCAGAUGUGCUCAUUCAAAGUCAAGAGGCCGCACUUGAUAAGAUAGAGGACAAGGAUUUCACAGAAUAUUUGUUUCCAACUUCUGACACUCCACAUGUGCGCAGUUCAACCUCUGUUCAACCUCCAUUUGAUAGCAAUGGAAAAAUGCUCACAGAAUCUGAUCCUCCAUCAGACAGAUCCCCAGUCAUCACCUCCAAACGUGUGCAGAAACCUGAUACGAAGCAGUUUACAGAACUUGAGACACAAUCACCAGGUGGUCACUUAUCUUCCACUGUUCCUGGCAAUACUCAGGAAAGUUCGCCUGUCUUCAGAUCAACCCCAGUAUCUAAUAUUGAUGGCCAGGGGCAAGAAAGAUUUAGAGGUUCUUACGUGAAAUAUUUGACAAAGCAAGACAGGCCCUGCUCCAUUACUGAAUCACUGAAGCAUUUUCCUCAUGAAAACAUAACAAACAAUAAAGCCACAGCUCCUCCUCGAUACCCUCCUUCCAACCUGACACUUGUGACUGUUGAAGGCUGCCCAACCUUUCUCAUAGUAGACUGGGAGAGUAAUGAAAAUGACACCGCUAGUGAAUAUGAAGUUGUUUCAACAAUGCAAGGGUUGGACAACAAAACAGAAGAACUUAUUACUGUCACUAAUCAAACACACGCUGCAGUGGAAAACCUUAAACCAAAUACAAGCUACACAUUCUCAGUGACAGCCACAAAUAUACAUGGCAAAGGUCCAUCCAGUGUACAACGUUCUUUCGUUACAGAAUCCGCGGACCCCAGUGUAAGUGAAUAUGUACCAGGGAAAGAUGCCAUCUGGACUCAAUAUUCCUUCAAAUUUGAUUCGUAUUCAGAGUGUCAAGGCAAGCAAUUUGUCAAACGUACCCGGUACCGGAAGUUUGUUGGUAUCAUUCUGUGUAAUUCACUGAGAUACAAGAUUUACCUCAGUAAUUCCCUAUCAGGAAUUUUCUACAACAUAGGAGAUUUAUCUGGGCAUGGGGAGGAUCACUGUCAGUUUGUGGACUCAUUCCUGGACGGCAGAACAGGGGAACAUCUCCUUCCUGAACAAUUGCCAAUCAGACAAGGUUUUUACCGAAGUGUUCGCCAGGAGCCGGUUAUGUUUGGUACAAUAGGUGGACGAACACACAUCAAUUACGUCCAUUGGUACGAGUGCGGUAUAGCCAUUCCUGGGCAAUGGUGAAUCUUAACAACUGCCUUAUGAAAAAACAAAGCAGCAGCAGCAAAAACCCAAAGGAACUGAAUCACUUUGUGUUCCAUCAAUAUUGUUCCUUAUAUUCAGUGUAAGAUUUAAAUAGACAUGUAAUGUACAGGAUGUUUCUCUUUUCUUUAAAGAAGCCAUACAGAAAUCUUUAUAUAAUGGGGUACAGGGUGAAAUGUACCCAUUCCAAGGCACAUAAUUAUUCCACAACCUAAAAGGAUUUAGAACAAUGUGAUCACCAAACAGGGCAGUAAUAAAAUAACAUUAAUAGAGAAUAUCUAGCAAUUUUCUGACAAACUUGCACUUAUUUUUGUCAUUGGACAUUGUUUUAAAUUGGUGCUGCUUUCAGAAGUUGCAUUAGUGACCAUUUAAAAAUUUGUGAACAUCUAAAUAUAUAAAGAUAAGUUGGUGCUCACUACUCAAGCGUGGUGUAAAUAAAUGGUAGCAUUGCCUAGUUUGUAACCGUUAACAAGUCUAUCUUUGGCUAAUAACUUGGUUUAAAAAGUCCUAUAAAAUGUGUUUUAUUUAUCAAAAACGUACAUCCAAAUUUUUUUUUAAAAACACAAGUUUUGACAUUGGGAAGCUGGCUCCCUAUGCCCUCAGUUCUGAAUAUAAUAGUUUAAAUGUUAUUUAUCAGGAAUGUAUUUAAAAACACAGAACAUAAAUUGUAACUUCUAUUCACAAAGUAUAGAAGGGUUUUUUUUAUUUAGAUUUGCUGAACAAUUAGCUUCAGCAACAGAAUGGAGCAAUUUCUCUUGCUGGGUAUCCUUAAGCAGCCUGUAAUAUUACAAAUUGUACCCAAAAUGAAAUUGUGACGUGUAACUACAUAUAUGCCUUGUUUUUUGUCCAAAAGUGUACUGAAGGUAUCAGUGGACAAAAAAAACCCUCUUGAUUCUGCUUGUUAAGUUGAUCAUACAUUACUUAGUUCAGUACUGAAUAAAGCUAAAUAUUUACAGCCAAGAUAUUGUAACAUUCAAAAUGUUUAAAAUGUCAAAUUCUUUUUGGUUAGUGCAUGUAAAUAUCCAUGUGAUGGUGAGCAUACAAGACCAUACAUCCACAAAUACUCCUACAAAUAACUUCACAAACAAGUACCAGCAACAGCAUCUAUAAUAUAUUCAGCAAAAACAUUCAUACGCACCCACUUAAGAAUGCUUGCAUUUGUUGCAGUUACAAUUUUUUUCAGUAUUUGAUGUUCUUUUGCCCUUCAUCGUACCACAAAUGAAUUAAAAAACCUAACAUUUGCAAUUUCCCCAAAAUGGCAUUGCUAAUGUGAGUAUAGUUCUAGAUACAUGGCUACAAUUAAUAUUUUUAGAUGGUUAAUAGAGUUGGUGGAGUGGUUUUCGUAAAUUUUACAAUGCCAACUCAUCUGCACAUGCUCAUAUAGAGGGUACCAAAUAUCUGUGCAUGUACAGAGAGGACACUAAUUUCUAUACACCAAAUUGGAGGCAAUAAUCACCAAUGUCAGCACAAGCAUAAAAUCUUACCUUUCAGAUCUCUGUACACCUGAUUUCAAAUGGUCACCAAUACUUCCCCACCUCCUUACGCUAUCUGUAUCCAUGCACAUAACAAGGUUUAUAUCUAAUACCUCAUCUAACAAGAAACUAAACAUACAAUAGAAAUGGCAGCAUACACCAAUGCUCACAUGUCCCAACAGAACAGAAAAGCAAAGCUGAUAUCUGCUCACAAUGUAGUGAGACAAAUGAGCACCUCCAGUGCCAGUAUCGAGAACCUAGACUACAAUAUCCAAACACGUUAGUGCAGUAACACUCAGCUAUCAAACAUUUAUUCAUGUCCACACAGAAAUCUCGUCAUAGCAACUUAGCAGGCAAUCAUUCAGACAUGGGCAUACUCAAACUUCCAAGUUGCAAUGUCCUCAGAUGAGAUCUCUAGCACCAUUCUUAGGCAGUUACCAACACUCUGCUCACAAUGUUGAGCACAACAGCUAGACUGAAAUAUGCAUUAAAACCUCCAGGCACACAAGAGGUUCAAAUGCUUGCAGACAUUUAACUUUGUUGGUGUAGCAACUUAUUCAGUAUUUGUGGAGGUUGUUGCCUAAUAUUCUUACCUCAACUGGAUAUUAUAGAAUAGUAAUGCAUAUUAAUAUAUUCUUUUUCUCCCUUGUGACAUUGCUAGUAACAGGAGUUUAGUUCUGAAAAGAUGGCUGCAGUUAGUAUUUAGAUUGUCAGCAGCUUUAUUUGAGCAGAGUUUUUGAUAAAUUUUGCAAGGCUGCCCAUAGCGGUCAUUUAUGCUGUCAUAAUCUUGAGAAUAAAGACAUAAUUAAAUAAAAUUUAUGCCAACCUUU